AUGGCCAGCAUUCCAAAGUUAUCAGGACAGUCCACACCAACAAACAAAGCUAAUCACACUGUCUUCCUUGUGCAUGGGCUCUGGGGCAAUGCGACUCAUCUUAGCUUUGUCGCGCAAGCUUUGCAGGACAAAUACAGCGAAGAGGAGUUGAUCGUUGUUGCCUGUCGCAGCAAUCCUGGAUCGUUAACGUACGAUGGCAUCGAGGUUGGUGCUGAACGUGUUGCUCGCGAGAUCGAGGAGAAACUCGAUGAAUUAAACCGCCAUGGAUAUAAAAUCACAAGAUUUUCGAUAGUAGGUUACUCACUUGGAGGACUUGUUGCACGAUACGCCAUUGGUCUACUGUACCACAAGGGAUAUUUUGACAAACUCACCCCUGUCAACUUCACAACCUUCGUUACACCUCAUCUUGGUGUAAGAACACCCUUGAUAGGGUAUUCGAACCAUUUAUGGAAUGUGCUGGGCGCCAGAACUCUCUCAACAUCAGGACGACAGCUCUUCACGAUUGACAGCUUUAGAAGCACCGGUCGACCUCUGUUGAGCGUCUUAGCGGACCCUCAGAGCGUAUUUAUAUCAGCUCUCGCCAAGUUCGAACAUCGCUCACUUUACACAAACAUAGUCAAUGAUCUUUCGGCUGUUUUCUACACAACAGGAAUCUCCAGAUGCGACCCAUUCACCAAUCUCAGUAAAGUGGACCUCCGCUAUGUCAAAGGCUAUGAGCCAGUGAUUCUAGAUCCCGACAAUCCUGUCGAGAGGAAGUCGCAGAACAAGCUGCCAAGUUUCUACGAGCGCUUUCGAGACCGUGGCCGAACAUUUCUGGGACGGAUUCCUAUUUACCUUGCACUCCUGGUCAUAGUUCCUAUUGCCACGGUGGCUUUCCUCAUCAAUUCUGGAAUUCAGACGUUUCGCAGUCGUCGUCGGAUUCAAUUGCAUGAAACUGACCCUGAAGGAGCUGGAUUCGGUGUUUACCGGAUACCUUAUAUGGUCCGAGAGAUGCGAGUCGGGCUUGAAGACGCCUUUGAAAACAUGAACUCCGCUCAAGAGCAGGAGUAUCUUCCUGAAGGGUCCCAGGAGCUAGCGUCAACUAGCGACUCGAUAUCGUCUUCUCCAUAUCUCUCCAGGUUGGACGACUUGCUGGAGCGAGAGAAGUCUGACGCAGGCAUGUUAAAGAAGGAGCCCCUGACUUCUGAGCGGCCGCUAGACUUUCCCACACUAGCGUUGACUAGCGACCAGUUCGCCAUGAUUAAGUCACUGAAUGAUGUUGGAUUUCGAAAAUAUCCGGUCCACAUCACGAAAUCUUCUCACUCCCAUGCCGCCAUCAUUGUCCGCACACCAAGGUCUGCGUUCGAGGAGGGCAAAGUGGUGGUCAAACAUUGGCUCGAGAACGAAUUCCACAUCUAA